AUGGGACUCAAGUCAAGCUCCUUUACAAAACUCUGAACAGCAAAGUGCUUGCUGAUCAUUGCAUUUGUUCUGUGCUUCGCCAAAGUAUACGCAAACAACGACUUUUACCAGCUUCUGGGAGUGACUCAAGACACUUCGGAGCGAGAAGUCAAGAAGGCUUUUAGACGCAAGAGUGUGUUGUAUCAUCCUGACAAAAACCCAGGAAAUGAAACUGCAGCCGAGCUCUUCCGGAGAAUCAACAGAGCCAAUGAAGUGCUGACCGACCCAGACAAGAAGAUGGUCUACGACAAAUUCGGAGAAGACUAUUUGGAGCGAUAUGAAAGAGGAGAAACUCAGAUCCAGAGAGGCCCAGAUUCCAAGCUCGAAGUCGAGGUUACUCUUGAGCAGCUGUACAACGGAGAUGAAGCCGAAGUCAGCAUCAGCAGAGAUGUCAUCUGCGACAAGUGCAAAGGAACUGGUGCCAAAGGAGGCAAAACCAAGAAGUGUAAUGAAUGCCAUGGAAGAGGAACCACAAUCCAGAAUGUUCAAGUCGGAUUCGGAAUGCAAAUGCAGAUGCAGCAACCUUGUCCACAGUGAGGAGGAACUGGCCGGACUUUUGCUCACAAGUGUGAUAAAUGUCAUGGAAACAAAGUUCACCUUGAGUCCAAGACUCUUGAGUAUAUUAUCGAGCCAGGAAUGGUCAACGAAGAGAAAAUUGUAUUUGAGAGAGAAGGUCAGCAACAGCCAGAAGUCAUCCCAGGAGAUGUCAUCCUCAUACUCAAACAGAAAAAGCACAAGCGGUUUAGCAGAGUCGAAAACGAUCUUUACACUGAAAUGAAGCUUACACUUGAAGAAGCCUUGCUUGGAUUCUCAAAGCCAAUGAAAAUGCUCGAUAACAGAACAAUCGAAAUUAGGUCGGAGUCAGGUGAAAUCAUCCAGCCUUUCAGCUGGAAAGUGAUCGAAGGAGAAGGAAUGCCUCUACGAGAAGACCCCUCAGAGAAAGGAAAACUCCAUAUCAAGUUCAAAGUGAGUGUCCCCAAGAAGCUGACCGACAAGCAGAAAGAACUUGUUGAGAAAAUAUUCAAAGGGGAUCCUCAAGAAUAG